UGCGUUCUGACCACCAAUAAGCAGCGCCUAUACCCGGUACACAAGACCGCAACCAACACCAAUCGCAUCCGUGCCCAUUGCAGAUCUGGCACUCCUUUCAAUCAACUGUCACCAUUGGAAAGAAUGCACUUAUCGCACAUAGCCCAUCUCUGGCGGCAAAGCAACAGAAGAUCCUCAAGAGGUGUGAAUUUAGGAUGUAUAAAUACUACCCUAUCGAUCAUCCUCAAAGUCCCCAUUGCUGUCUCGUCGUUCAGUUUUAGUCAACAUAUUGUGGGCGUCGUCUCUUAAUACCACGCUCUGCCUUGGAUCCUAGUAUCUACGUACGCUACAACAAUCUACCAUGUGGUCCAAAGUAGUAACGACUGCUUUGUUGGCUAUCGCUCUGGGUUCGGUCAUCGAAGCCGCCAGUGAUCCCUCCGCUCUGCGUGGUCGAGGACCAGCCGCUCUUGCCGCAAAAGAGGCUAAAAAGGAGGCUCCCGCUAACAACGCGUCGAAUAGUGACGCGUCGAAAAUGGAAAAAUGCCGUGCACUCCUGGAGAGGCACCCAAAAAGGAAGUUUUACAACAACAGAACUUCCGAAUUCCUCAUCGAAUCACUUCCUGAGGUCCCAUUCGACCUUGGUGAGGUUUACAGCGGCCUCAUACCUAUCGAUUACAACAACCAGUCGGAAGCCCUUUUCUUCGUUUUCCAGCCGAAAUUGGGAGAAGACUCCGAUGAUCUCACAAUUUGGCUCAACGGUGGUCCCGGAUGUAGCUCUCUAGAGGGAUGGUUCCAAGAGAACGGUUUAUGGACUUGGCAACCUGGAACGUAUGCGCCUGUUAUCAACCCCUACUCAUGGGUAAAUUUGACCAACAUGCUCUGGGUAGAGCAACCUAUUGGCACUGGGUUCUCAAUCGGUACGCCUAAGGCUACGACAGAAGAAGAGAUUGCCCAGGACUUUAUCAAAUGGUUCAAGAACUUCCAGGAUACCUUUGGAAUCAAAAAUUUUAAAAUUUAUGUCACAGGAGAAUCAUAUGCAGGUCGCUAUGUACCCUAUAUCGGCGCGGCAAUGUUGGACGCGCAAGACAAAACAUAUUACAAUCUUUCUGGGGCCCUUAUGUACGACCCUACUAUCGGCGAAUCUGUCUUUGUGCAAGAACAGAUCACUACUUAUCCUUUUGUCGAAGCCAAUGCCAACCUUUUCAACUUUAACAAAACUACCAUGGCUGAAUUGAAAGAUCUUCACGAGUUCUGCGGCUACAAGGAAUAUAUCGAGAGGUACCUUACGUUUCCUCCGACUGAAAACCAGCCGCCUCUGUUUUUCGAUUACUAUGAUUUCGAUAACAUAACGUGUGCCAUCUUCGACAUCGUCAAUAAUAUGGCUUUACGGAUCAACCCUUGUUUCGACAUUUAUGAAAUUAAUCUCAUGUGCCCUCUCCUGUGGGACGUCCUCGGUAUGCCUACUCAGCUCAGCUAUGCCCCUGGUGGCAUCUACUUCAACAGAUCUGACGUUAAAGCCGCUAUUCACGCUCCCGAACAUAUUGACUGGACUGCUUGUGCAACCAGGGCGGUCUUUGUUGGAGGCAUAGAACAAGGACCUCAAGGUAGGGGUGACUUGUCAUUGGAUCCUAUCCAAAAGGUCUUGCCUCAAGUUAUCGAGGCUACGAAUAGGGUCUUGAUAAGUAAUGGUGACUAUGAUAUGGUCAUUAUCACCAAUGGCACCCUUCUUGCUAUUCAGAAUAUGACUUGGAAUGGAUAUCUUGGGUUCCAGUCACCCCCCUCGGAAGACAUCUUUAUCGAUAUUGUCGACACCCAGUGGUCAUCUAUCUUUGAGAGUAACGGCUUCGAUGGAUACCCCGGUCCUCAGGGUGUGAUGGGCAUUCAGCACUAUGAGCGAGGUCUUAUGUGGGCUGAAACUUUUCAAUCAGGCCACAUGCAGCCUCAAUACCAACCGCGAUCUUCUUAUAGGCACCUGCAGUGGCUCCUUCGUCAUGUAGACAGACUCUAAAAAUCUCUUCUAUCCACCUGGGUUUUGACUGGUUAGUCCUCCAAGCUGCAGUGCAGUUCAUUUUGAAAGCUUAGGAAAAUUACUAUUGGAAUGGAAGCGAAGAUUAUGCAAGUUGUUUUA